UCUGCUCUCGUCAUAUCACCAAAUCCUUCGAAAUUCCCAUCAAAGACCUAUAAAAGACCGAUAACCUUCCAAGGCCUCACGUUCAAUCAUAGUAAUGACUCCAGAACCUCAACUCGACCCUCAUUUCCUUGAUCAAAUCGUUCAAGCAUCAGCAGGAUACAUCCUUCCCACUGUCCUUCUCGCAGCGAAUCUCGUUGCCUACCUGAGUAAAGAUGAAACCCGCCCUUAUGAACUUCUUCGUCUUAAUGUCCUUGCCUUUGUUUAUUUACUCUAUGCCAACCACAGAGGUGACCGAGGCCGUUAACGAGACCGAGGCUGUUAAUGAGGCAGUUAAGAUGCCGGAUUCUCUGGCGCUGUACCACCUUGAGGACUUUGAGUCUGAGGACUCUGCCCUCGAGAAGCGCAGACACGUUACGGUUUGCGAGAGAAUCAUCACUAUUACCUCUCAUUGCGUUAUCAUCGGAGGUGCUAUCAAGGACGGAAUUCUCCAGAUCAGCGCUGCCAUUAAACAUGCAUCAAACGUCAAGACCUGUUCCACCUUUACUGGACAUGCUGGUCCGAACAGCAACCUUUUCUACCGCUAUCGUUCUACUGGUAGACACUGUGACACGACUGCUGAACAGGAAACCAUUGCAGGUGCAAUCGAGCAUCACAUCAAGAACCAUGGGCACAAGAUCUGCGGCACCCAGUGUUUGGAACUAACCCAUGGUGGAACUUGGCACGGAUACCUCCUCAUUGGACCGGCGAGCAACUUUGACCACAAGGCUUACUGUGGGCCGGAAGUCAGCUUCAAGCAUUGUGACUCGGGAGGCAAGGGUGACAUUAACUAAGCUGAUCAAGAGCGUGGGUGGACAUGUUAAGCACCCAGGCCACCAGCGUUUACCCAAUCACCCCUUUUAAGAUCCGUUUGGUUUGAAGCAUAGGGACUUUUAUUGAUACACGGUGUGUUCGGAAGGUAGACGGAUGAAUAUUUCCCUUCGCUUCUGUGAUAUAGCAGAGUCAGAUUUACAUCGAAAGCUCCACGUAGAGCUUUUACCUAACCAAUUGUGCCAUCACUCGCACCUCCUUUGUACAAGAUGACAAUGGCUUUUGUAAUGCAUGCAAAUUCAUGUCAAAAGAAACCCC